AUGGCCGAGCCCAUCCAGCAGCUGACCAGGAACAACAGCCCCCAGGAGAGACAGCCCAUCCCCUUCACCCUCAUCCAGCGCAAGGAGAAGCUUGGAGAUCUGCUGUAUGAAAAACGCCAGUAUGGAAAAGCCAAGUGGGCUUGUAUAAAAAUGCAGGAAAAGCAGUAUGAACAGAGCAUAUGCCUUGGCUUCAUGAAGCUCAUGAGGUACAUCUGCGAGCAGAACUCCUCAGGGCUGUACCUGGGGAUAACAAUCCCCAUUGUGACCAUAGUGCACACCAACGAGUCCCAGUCGGAGAUGAGGCAGUCGGUGACUGUAGCCUACUACCUGCCCGAGGUGCUGCAGGAGGAGCCACCACAUCCCUUUGACUCUGACAUCAUCAUCGAGGAGUGGCCUUCUACUAUUGUCUACAGCAGGAGCUUCAGAGGGAUCACCAACGAAGACUCAAUCAUGAGAGAAAUCAACCUGCUGGCAGCAAUCCUGGAGAGCCCUGAGCUGUGCCUGCAGGACACCUUCAUCAUCGCAGGGUACACCAACCCCGCCGCCGCCAACCGCCCCAACGAGGUCUGGUUCCUCCAGCGCCCCUAG